AUGGCCUCAAGAACCGCACCCACGGCGGGCACAGCCUCCAACCCAGCGAUGCGGGCGCGAGAUGACCUUGAUUCCACGUGGACAUAUCUCGAAAAGAAUGUCAACAAUGUAAUGACCAAGUUGCAAGAGGGCCUUGACAUGAAGACAUACAUGGGCGUGUAUACAGCAGUUCACAACUUCUGCACCUCGCAGAAGGCAGCAACGAAUCAAGGUCAGGGUGGCUCGUCGGGAACCUUGACCCCCAUUCACCGUGGCGCUCAUCUACUGGGCGAAGAACUCUACACCCUCCUUGGCAAAUACCUCACGGGACAUCUGCGCGACGUUCUAGCCGCAUCCGAAUCACAUACAGAUGAGGCCCUCCUAGCCUUCUACAUUCGAGAAUGGAAGCGCUACACCGACGCAGCAAAGUACAACAACCACCUAUUUAGAUAUUUGAAUCGACACUGGGUAAAGCGAGAAAUCGACGAAGGCAAGAAGAACGUCUACGAUGUCUACACCCUGCACCUCGUCAAAUGGAAGGACGACUUCUUCAAAGCGGUGGAGGGCAAGGUCAUGGAGGCGGUCUUGAGACUCGUUGAAAAACAGCGCAAUGGGGAGACUAUCGAUCAGAUGCAGAUCAAGGCGAUCGUCGAUUCAUUCGUCUCUCUCGGCUUGGACGAGCUUGACAGCUCAAAGCCCACCCUUGACGUCUACCGCAUGUACUUCGAGCGCCCAUUCAUUGCAGCCACCAAAGAAUACUACACCAACGAGUCCCGACGGUUCGUGGCAGAGAACAGCGUGGUGGAGUACAUGAAGAAGGCGGAAGCACGACUUGAGGAAGAGAAGGAACGAGUGGGCCUCUACCUGCAUCCUGACAUUAUGAAGAAACUCAUGGAAACAUGCAACGAAGCUCUUAUCAGCGCUCACUCAGUCCUGCUGCGGGAUGAAUUCCAAGUCCUGCUCGAUAGCGAACGUACGGAGGACCUAGCCCGGAUGUACAAACUGCUUUCCCGGAUAAAGGACGGCCUGGAUCCCUUGAGGACCCGAUUCGAGAGUCAUGUCCAGAAAGCUGGCAUUGCAGCUGUUGAGAAAGUUGCCGCUCAAGGAGACAGCUUUGAACCGAAAGUCUAUGUUGAUGCGUUGCUCGAAAUCCAUGGCAAAUACCAGCAACUCGUUAAUGUCGCCUUCACCGGAGAGUCAGAAUUUGUGCGAUCGCUCGACAAUGCCUGCCAGGAAUUUGUCAACCACAACCAAGUUUGCAAGACCAACUCUACUCGAUCUCCCGAGCUACUUGCCAAAUACGCCGAUCAACUCCUCAAAAAGGGCGCCAAGGCGGCUGACGAGUCUGAACUUGAAGAACUUCUUGUGCAGAUUAUGGUUGUGUUCAAAUAUAUCGAGGACAAGGACGUGUUCCAGAAGUUCUACUCUCGCAUGUUGGCCAAGCGUCUUGUCCACACAAGUUCUGUAUCUGACGAUGCGGAAACGAGUAUGAUCAGCAAGUUGAAAGAGGCAUGUGGUUAUGAGUACACCAACAAGCUUCAGAGAAUGUUCCAAGACGUCCAAAUUUCCAAGGAUCUCAACACUGCCUACAAAGAUUGGCAUGACAAGAUUCUUGAGGAUAGUGAUGAGAAGAGAACAGUCGACUCCACGUUCCAGAUUCUAGGAACGGGUUUCUGGCCUCUGAAUGCUCCCAACACUCCCUUUGCCCCUCCUACAGAGAUCAGCAAAGCUAUGGAGUCCUUUACCAGGUUUUAUGAUCAGAAACACAAUGGCCGCAAGCUGACAUGGUUAUGGCAAUUGUGCAAAGGCGAAAUUCGAGCCAAUUACAUCAAGAGUCAGAAGGUGCCAUACACUUUCCAAGUUUCGACCUACCAGAUGGCUAUUUUGCUUCUGUUCAACGACUCGGACAAGUUGGAUUAUUCGGAGAUCAAAGAACUUACGAAGUUGACGGAUGAAACAAUUGAACCGGCGAUUGGCAUCCUGUGCAAAGCCCGUGUCUUGAACUCGACGCCGGAUGACAGCAAGCCAGCACCCGGCACCAGUUAUGCGCUAAACUACAAUUUCAAGAACAAGAAGGUCAAGAUCAACCUGAAUAUCACGGUCAAGUCCGAACAGAAGGUAGAAUCCGAAGAUACUCACAAGACAAUUGAGGAGGAUCGAAAAUUACUGCUCCAGGCCGUGAUUGUUCGUAUUAUGAAAGGUCGCAAGAAGUUGAAGCAUGUACACCUAGUCGAGGAAGUCAUCAACCAAGUCCGCAACCGAUUCCCUCCCAAGAUCUCCGACAUCAAGAAAAACAUCGACGCCCUUAUGGAGAAAGACUACAUUGAACGUUUGGACAACGAUGAGUUGGCCUACAUCGCGUGA